CGAUCGCCGACACAGGCGCACAAUUCCUGAACCUUUCAGCGUGGCGGAGAACGUGGACGAGAAAGCAGCGCGACGGCGCAAGGCAUUGGCGGAAGAGCGAGUCCGUCGUGAGCUCGAGGAGUGCACUUUUGAACCGGCGACGAACGCAUCGCGAAGAAGCUAG